AUGCCUUCCCAGUCCAUUCUCGCUCUGGCUCUUGCGGUCUCCACUGCCGUGGCCGCCCCCUCUUUCCGCGGCCAAAUGAUCAAGUCUCGUGAGCCCAACGGCUGCGGCCCCUUCUCAGGAGACCAGCCAUUCAUCGCCGAUAUUGGUUUCUACUCUGACAAAGACUGUAAUGACAAGAUUGACUAUACAUGCGUCUACACCUACCAGAGCGUCGCAGAUGAUGAUGCAGGUGCCUAUGGAUGCAACCCAGGUCUGUUGCCUGACACCACUCCGUUCUGGGCAAAGGUCGAGGAGUCGCCUUUUGAUGAGAUGCAAAUCAUCUUCACUCGCGAUCAGACUUGCCCGCCUAACGGCCCCGGCGCUGUCUUUGCUACCUUAAUUGACAACAGCAACUGUGUUGAGAUGAACCUAGGCGGCGAAGCUCCCGGCAUCAGUGUCUAUCCCAAAGGUGGCUCCGGCCUCUCCCGCAAAAUCGAUGACGGUCUCGCAAAGCGUGCUGACCCCAAAUGCGACGGCUUCGAGGUCGAGAGCUCUACUCCCAGCUCCUCAGAGAGCGUGCAAGUCUCGGUCAUCGUGGACUGUGUCAACGGAUCUGAACAGGGUUGCGAGAUUUCCGUCGAGAAGCAGCACAGUGAGUCUGUCACCACCUCGUACUCGCUUAGUGCUGGAGGUGGUAUUGAGGGCAUCUUCUCUGUCGAGGCGACUUUUGGCCAGGAGUUUACUUCUGAAUCUUCUACUUCGGUUACCACUGGUUUUAGCGUGCAGCAGGGCCAGAAGGGCUAUCUCUCUGCUUACUCUGCCGCCACCUUGUUCAAAGGCAAGUUCACCGGCUGUGACUCUGGUGAUUCUGAGCAAGCAGGUGAAGUUUUGGCUAUUAAGAAGGAAGGGUUUACCUAUGCCGUUGUCAACACUGGAGCACGCCAGCUUGUGAGUGCUUAG